AUGCCGCCAUCAUCAUUCUCUCCAUCCCAUCAACAACAAACUUUACCUUUCUCACCUCAACCUCAACCACCCCAACCUAUGUCAUUCUCACCUCAACCGCAACGACCAUCUCAACUACAACAGCCAUUCCAACCACAACAAUAUUCAUCAUUUUCAUCUCAACCGCAACAACCACCUCAACUACAACAGUCACUCCAACCACAACAAAAUUCAUUCUCAUCUCAACCGCAACCACAACAGCCUUUAUCGUUCUCACCUCAACCACAACAACCUUUAUUAUGCUUAUCUCAACCACAACAACCACAUCAACUACAACAGCCACCCCAACCCCAACAACAUUCAUCAUUCUCACCUCAACCGCAACAACCACUUCAACUACAACAGCCACCCCAACCCCAACAAUAUUCAUCAUUCUCACCUCAACCGCAACAACCACCUCAACUACAACAAUAUUUAUCAUUCUCACCUCAACCGCAACCACAACAGCCUUUAUCAUUCUUACCUCAACUACAACAGCCACCCCAACCACAACAACCUUUAUCAUACUUAUCCAAACAGCAACCACAUCAACUUUUAUACAACAAUAAUAAUAGUAAUUAUUAUGGCAGUAAUCUCAAUUCAAAUCAUAAUCCUGUUAAUUCAAACAUUAAUAACAUUCCUUUAUUGAAUCCCAAUAAUGGCAUCAAAUAUAACAAUAAUUCUUUAAUUCUUUCUAUUUCUCACCGUAUGUCACUUAUUAAGGAUUAUAUGCUAAUAAUAAAUCAGCAUUGUUCUGAAAUGGAAAAAAUCAUUGACUAUUUAAAAAAUCAAAAUCAGUAA